AUGGAUUCUGCAUUGAAAGAAGAGAUAGGAGAGAAAUGCAGAAAGUGUGAAGGCGGUGAAAUUGUUGCAGCAUUUUGCAGUAGCGACUUUGCCAUCAAGGGUCGCAUGCUGGCCGUCACCCCGGAAGAAAGCACGAGGGAGACCUACAUCAACGUUGCCGCGGGCCGGGUGUACAGACAGAAGGACCCUGUGUUCCUGCCCGGCAAGCAUAGCCGGUACUACGGCCUCAUCACAACGCCCACGAGCUGCGGGGUGAAGAAACUCGAAGGCCACUACCUCAUGACGGGUCAGAUCGUCAUGGGGAGGGCGCAGCUCGGGUGCUUGGCGCACCUGUCGGUGGUCAAGAAGGUAGCUCGAGAGGUGGACGAGGCCGGUAUCAGCCCGUGCGACCUCACACCCAUCCUUGGACAUAACCAUCAUAGGUAUAUCGAAUGAACACGUGCGCAACCAAUGAUACCUUCAAAUGCUGCCUUGGCCACCCUGCGCCCCACCAUGUCCAUAAACCUCUGGUAGUCGGUCAGUGAAUGUGGGCUUUGAUUCACUGACCAAGAGGUCAAUCGCCUGACAAAUGACCUCAGAACGACAUUUUACAGGAUGCAGCUAUCACAGAUCAGCUAUCAUUCCAUCUGCAGACUGAUUGCUUUACAAAGUGUUGUUCUGUGUUUUUGGCUAAACCUCGAUGAAGGCCAAGCACAGGUUCUUAUCAGUCUUCUGUUUAUUUUUACUCCAUGACCUCGUCUUCGUCUUCGUGUGAUGCUUAAAACAGCAAAACAAACCAUUCAGAUCCUUAAUUGCCUCGUUGGUGUCAUGUUCAAAUUCAGAGCAAAGUUUAAACUUUGUACCUAUUGAUGCACCUUUUCAUUCUCAUUUCUACCAGUAUCUUUGUGUAAUGCAAGCUUAAAUUCCUCAGUGGACUGUACAAAUAAAUCAAACUCCAUAAAUGGAAAGAAACCUUUAAAGUGUAAUUACACUCUUGCCUGUUUUAAGUUCAAUCAAGAAAUAUUGCAAUUCAAUUUAAUGUACAAAACGACCCCUCUUCUCUUAUGGUCUUUUUAAUGGACCUUGCUAUAUUAAAAAAAAACACCGCUUACAACUAAUCAAACCAGACAGCUCCAUUAUCAAAAUAUCAUUUCAUACUUCCUAAAUAAGUGUUACAAACUCCAAUCUUUUAGGCCAGAACGGUUUUUAAAGGAAUUAAUUCCGAUUACAAUCUAGCAAGUUGAUUGUAUUCCAUGAAUUUGUUGUACCCGAUCCAACGAAACCGAAUGGAUUGAGAAUAGAGUGCUGGGUCUCCUAGUCAAGAUUGUGUCAAAGGGAAUUUGAAAUCUGUAAUUUAAGCAGGGAGCCAGGGCAUUGCAUUCAGGUACACAAAGAAUGGUGACCUUUCCAACCUCACAAUGAACCAGUCAACUUUGGCUAUCGGCUGUGCCCCUCCGUUCUCAGUCAAUACCCCCUCCAGGAACCUGGGACCGAGAGGAGAAAAAGAGAUGGAGAAAGGUAGAAAGAAUUAAUCCAUAGGAGAGAAGGGGCAAGAGUGGGGUGGGGGGCUUUGCCGGGGAAAGAAAAGAGUUUCUUGAACCGCGUAAUUGCAUGUUACGUCUAAAGACGACUGUUUGUGUUUAAAAUUUGGUUGCUUUUCCGUUGGAGGUAGCUCCGAUGGCCGCCCUCCCGGCCUGUGUUCCUUCCGUGUUUUGGUACAUUCAUAAUUGUUUAGAUUGGCUUUAUGCGCAUUUCACCUCCGCGUGAAGUUAAAUAUUAAUGGAGUGGUCUUUUAAUUAGUGAAUCACAAUAUUAUGCAUCGCGCAAGUUGUAUGUCCUUUCAUUUCCCGGCUAUUGAAAGUUUCCCACAAUUCAAUCCGUAAGAUUUUCAACAAGUUGGUAGAGUACAGAGACCUUUUGUAAAUUUACUUCUAGUUCUGGACUUUGAAAAGUUCACUGCUAAAUCGCCAUUUAAAUGGAGUAUUUGAAAACAUUUUUUUUUUCAAUAUCAGAUUAAUACAUUUACAUCAUAGAUUUAAUGUAUAUUAUUGGAUCCAGCACAUUUGUCAAAGUGGUGAUCUAGUAAUUGAAAGUUUUUUUUCUCACAUCAGCCAAUGAGAAUGGUAAUUCAGCAUUUUCCUUUUUGAGAGUGUACUGUCUGAAGUACUUAUUUAGAAGCUUGCAUCAUAUCACAACCAUAUAUGUUUAUAUUGAGCAGCUUGAGCCAUAUAUCUUGUAUUUCUCCAGGUUUUAUUAAUAAAUUAUGACAAAUAAGCAUUAUUCCACACCGUUCAUUGACAGCUAUCAUGACAUUUAUGUAUCUAUAUUGUACAUCUACCAUUAACAAAAUAAUGAUUGUGUGUUUUGGAGUGUUUCAAGCCGCAUCGAAUACAUCUUUCAGUUUAUACAAUUUCUUUUCAACUUAUUUUUUGCUGUCGUAUCUAUUAUUGUUUGAAGUAUGAUAUAUUUCAUCAGUGUUUUUGAUUGACCAUUUUGCAUUCGAUCCUUGCCAUUUCAUUGUACCAUAUUAUGUGAAUAUUAAUGCACUUGUGUACAAAAUAUUAUAUGGAAUUUUAACAGUAUUUAUGGUUCGAUUAACAGAACUGGCAUUUUUCCUCUCCUUUAUUUUGGUAUGUAUUAGUUAUGAAGCAACCUCAAGAUAAAAAUGAUUUUUUGUUGUUGCAUUUUUAAAGGUCCAAGGACCUUUUUUACAAAGACUUGCAAUGAUAGUAACAUCAUAGCCAUAAUGGUAAUUACUAUGGAAACCUUGAUUUUGAUUGGCUGCUGAGCAGUGUAACCAUGGUAAUUGCCAUUAUGGCAAAUUUGUGAUAAUCAUAAGUCCUCUGUGAAAUGGGCCCCCAAGUCAAAUUGGAUUGUAGCUUUGAAAUUCAACUUUUGCAAUUUUAUUUACACUUUAUUCGCAUUGAUGUUAACUUUUGUAUUUAUACACUGUUUCAAGACUAUUGAUCUAUUGAUUUCCUAAGUUGAAAAGUUAUAUAAUUUUGAAUGCCACCAAUGUGGAUGAAUUUCAACUCUUUCAUGUUUUGGGGGUCAGCUCGGCUGAUGUGUUUCUUGAGACGAUGGUUUCUUUUCGUUCAGAGUAUCAAUGAUCAUGUAUGAUGUAUGGGGACCUUGAGUUUAGUACAUGUAGUCAACGGAAACUGUAAUUGGCAAACUUUAUUGACCAAUCAUCAUCUGACAAAAAAAGAAUGUUUUACUUUUUUUUGGUAUGAUUUUUAAAAGUUGUUUUUAUAUUCAGCAAUUGUUGAGCUGCUUUUGUCUUAUAAAAGCAAACACAUGAUACACCAGUGUAUUGACAUCUCUGUCUGAAUUUGUUGAUGAUGAGCAUGGCUUUCCUAUAAAUAUGUUCCAUCAUCUUCACAUGUACAGUAGUCCCAAUGCAUGAAUUUCCUGCAGGUUUUUUUUAACACAUACACAUGUAAAGUAAUGACAAAGUGGGUCAUGGAAUUCUUUGUAAAAAGUUUGCGACUUGGGAGUCAUCAUUUGUGUGAGAAUUGUAGUCAGAGGCAAAGAAAUUUGAAGCACUUGUACUUUCCUCGUAUAAUAGGACCCUAGCUGAAACCAAUAUUGGGAUACAAAAGAUGCUCUUCGCUCCUCUUUUUACCCAUCUCUGUUGAUCAUAUCCCUCUGGGCUGCGAGAAGGUAAAGGAGAAAAGGAGCUGGAGAAAAGAAAAAAAAAAGUACAAAUCAUCAGACAAGAUUAUGACAAUAAUUGAAGCAGCAGAGAAGAGCCUUAGGACGGUCUUUGACGAGGGGAACCGCAAGGUCAGGCCGAUAGGUUUCAAUCGAUGGCACGCUUUGUGAUCCAAACCAAAUUAUUAUAUCUCAGAAUGACUUGUCCCUACAAGGGCUAUUUCCCCAUCCCCCUGUAGCAUCGGUAUAUCUGAGGCCUUUGUCCUCGCCAUGUCAUCCUCGUUUCCUAUUCUUCGACCGUUGUUUGCAAACAAUCGCCCGGUAUAUGGAAGCCAUUCGUUGGGGUUGCCGUCAGAGGAGUUCUACUGAUGAGUUCUUUUGUUGGAUCUCCCCCUGAUAUAAUUAUAUUCUGUGAUUGCCUCCAUGCACUUUAAAUAUCGUAAAAUGUGUGGAGAUGAAGUUCAAUUCACUUCAUACUCGCCUUGCUACAAUACAAUCCUGUGGCACAUGUUGGUAUUUCUCAAUUAGUGUUGCAAAUUCUUGCAUUUUCCUGAAAUGUAUUAGUGUUAAAAUAUGAUCAUUCGCCCACCUUUUCUGAUCGACUUUGGUAUUUCUCUCAAUAAAAUGGGUACAAUGAGUAACACUUACAAAAGAUUAAAUUGGAAUGCCAAUUGAGUGGCCCUGUUACAUUCCAAAAUGUAUGCAGCAUUAUCAAAGUAUGAUUUUGAAAAAAUUGUCUUUGGCGGCACUCAAUAUUCUUUUCCUUUCUAGUUCCCCAAAUUAAAAGCAGGGUUUUGAAAGAGGUUCAACUUGAAAACAGUGUAAUAUACAUGCAUGAUUAACAAAUACUUGAUUAUUUAACUCUAAAACAGCUUGGGGAUCAUGACGCCCCCAACGAUUUACAUAGCUAUUCGAAAACAGAGAUAACGCUACAAAAUUAUCUAUAUUUUCUUUGAAGUCCCAUGCAACUUUCGUUACCAAAUUUGCAACAUACAGAUGUGGCAUCACAAGACUUUAUUUUUAGACAUUACCGUGCCAAAUUGGCCAAAUUCAUUGUAAGAUGAAAUUCAUAAAAAGGGUAAUUAGUUUUCAUUCUAAAUGGUCUGUUUAAUUAAGGGGGAUGAUGUUGUUUCCUUGUAAUUCCAUUGAAGAGUUGAUUGCAUCGAACGUAAGCACCAUGCAAUCUUUCCUGAAUCAGUAUCCGUCCUGAAUUGCCCCUUCCCAAUAAAAUCUGCAUAAUUUUUCAAUUCAACCAAAGACAACCUGUUUCAGAAUCCAGCGCACUUGUUUGUACUUAGGCAGCGUGUGGAUUGGUUCUUGAUGAGCUGUUAAUAGAAAAAUAAUUUCAUAUCUCUCUUGGAUGCUGGCAAAAUAAAAGGCACAAACCUUUCAGUAAUUUGCUUUAUAUUUGCCAAUUUGAGGAUCAACAAAAGGCCCCUGCUGCAUCCAUCGAAGCAUUGGAAAACGUUCUCACUGCCAUCAAGAGUUUGCAUCAGUUUCGCCAAGUCUCACUAUACGCGAGGGUGGUAUAGGUAUGUGUAGUCCCAGCGUGAUAGAAGACGAGACGGUGAAGAUUGGAAACCUUUUAAACUUGGCCGGGUGAACAGGCCCCCGAUGGCAUCAGCCCGGUAUGAGAGACAUAACCUUGUCUCUGGUUGUUUUGUCUCACUUACGUAGUAGAGCGAUUAUCAUGGACCAAUUGUGCAGACAAUGGGAUUUCCGCUCCACUGUGUCUAUACCCGAUCAGGAUCGUAAUUGCGUCAAAAUCUACAUACGGGGGGAGAGAACUGAGCCCCGCCAUGCAGGAUGGGCAAGGAGACUCACCCCCACGCCAGAGUGCACUUGGCGCUGUUAUAGGCCUCCCCCUAUUGUCCUCCGGUUCUGGGGAGAACCCUGAAUGAGAGGGUAGCUGGGGUCUAUCGGGGGUUUUAUUGUGUGGCCCCAACCACCAAAGUCUCUCUCACAGUGGGACACCACAGAAUCACAAAAAAUCUAUUUUAAGAAUAAUAAAAAUCUUCUUUAUACUCUAAUAUGAAUUAUGCCAAUUGAUUUACACAAAGAGAUCCAUCCUCUCUUGUCUUUACCCCACCCCUCCCCAUGACUCUUUUCUGAAUGAAGCUCUCUAUGUUAGGACUGCUAUACCAAUACUGCCGAGUUUAUUGGUUUCCAUAAAAUAUCAACAGUUCCAAAAGAACAUAACAUUGAAAACCAUUGAAAUUUGUCAUGAAAAUUAAAAAUCAGUAAAGUUUGCCAAUUACGGUCAUUUCAAGCCUUAUUCUCUUCACUCUUAAGAUUAUUACAGGGAAUUACAAGUAGCAAUUCCCCUGGUUAUUGUAGCCAUGUCAAGUAUCAGUCACGCACUUAAUGCUAUUUUUUAAUGUAACAAUGUACUUUUAGAUUUAACAAAAUUUGUAUGAACAACCACUUGGUAUUCAUUGAGUGGCUCUGGGAAUUAUGUACAUGUACACAUAUUGUGUUCAUGUAGUGUAUCAUAUUGUAUCAUAAACUCGCUCUAGUCUAUAUAGGCCUUUGUGAAAUUGUAUAAAAGAAAUGUUCAUCUACGUACUGCCUGUAUUUAUACCACUGCCAUUACAGUAUUCAAAUCCUUUUAAAAAGGGAGAAAAAUGUCAUGUUUAAUUUUUUUGGUUACAAAUUACUCUCCGAGCACACAUUAAGUGUGAGAGAAAGUAGAUAGUAGUAUACCUGUACAUGUAAGUCCUAUUUUUCUUACAUUAAAAAAAACUGUGUUAUACCUCAUUGCAUGCAUGCCUCUAUAUUUUUUCAUUGGUCUAUGUAGAUUUUGUUUUGGGACCUCAAAAACACUUUGGUAUCGUGAACAAUGGUAACUGCCAUUGUAGUGGUAGUAAACAAAAAAUGUAUGAAUAGAAACUGUUUUGAUGUGUAUGUUCUAAUGUAUCUCAAUGUUAUGAUAUUUGAAAUGCUAGUUAUUUUGAUUCUGAGGUUUAUGUUCAUUUCAUAUCCUGGUUCAUAUAAUCACAUUUGCAGUUAUCAAAAUUACAGUUUUCUUAUCAAUGCAAGGAGCAAACCAAUCAGUAUUUAUUUCCAAAUUCAACUUCAUUUCAGUAAAUCUAAUUUAUACAGUUUACUUUUUAAUGACACGGCUUACACUUGGGUUACUAGUAGUCAAUAUCAAUGCCAUUACAUUUAAAUUAUAUUUAAUUCACUGAAUAACGCAACAGAAUAACACCUCCUACUGCCAACUCGUCAUCCUCUGAAAUUGUUUCAAAUUACGAAUGAUUCCACUUUGCUUUUGGAUUAGUGGUGUAAGCGUUUGAUUGAUGUCAGCCAGUACUUAUCACUUCUCGUGCUUUUUCAUCAUCCAAAAGGCCACUUUCAUUUAUUAACAUUGAUCAAAGCGUGAAACAAGUUUAGAGGUUCGUAAUUAGAGGAAUAGCAUGUGAUUGUGCAUUUCAAUAUUUUUUGUGCAUCAAAUUUCAUCUUUUAGUAUUGUUAGUGACAUGUCUAAUAAGCUAUCAUGUGUGUUUGAUAUUUAGAGGCGCGUGAUUGCUGCGAAAUAGAAAUGAUUUAAACUGACAAGGUAAAAUGUAAUUGCAGAGCAUGAGAAUGCCAAAUGUCACACAGAAUUCCGCGCUCUAUUCCCCUCCAAAUGGAACCAAAGUUGAACAAACUUUGGGGUACACUCUUAAUUUCAAGGAUUUGAAAUUAAUCCAGAUUGGAUGUGAAUAUUGACCAGUCAAAUAUUGGAUUUAUUUUUAAUCUGAAGGGUUAACCUUCAAAUCUCAAAAGAUUUAAAUUCAAUUCUCAAAAGAUUUAAAUUCAAAUCUCAAAAGAUUUAAAUUCAAAUGUUUUAGCUUUAUAUUUUAAUCCAUAAGGUUUAAAUCUAAAUCCAAUCUACACAUGUAUUCUUGUCUUACAUGGAGAGAGAGUCACAUCUUAUUGCUGAUUAUUUAAAAUAUCAUUAAGCUAAAGUUUCAGUUUGAUUUGUAAUUAUAUUGCUUAGUUAUCUACAGAGUAGCCUAUAUAGGCAGAGAUAAAAUUCAUUUUCUAUAACCCUUUGUAGAUUCGGCCCUCUGUUAUGACGAAUUUAAAUUUCACAUGUCUUGAUAUUACUGCAUUUUGAGUGUGAGCUUUUGCAGUAUUUAUACAUGUAGUUAGAAACAAAUAUAUUAUUUAGUUUUCCAGACAAGAAGGAUUGCUAAAGUAGUGUACACAACCAUGCUUUCUUCCUUUCUUAAAACAAUCUUUAAGCAGAUGCAUGGUUUGAAUUGUAGAAAACGAUUCAAAGAUUAUAUCAGAAUGUAGUAUUUUUUUCUUUAAAAAGAAGUGAAUUAAUAACAAUUAUCAAUUUUUCAUUUUAUUAUAGUUGUAUCUUCAGCAUCGUUUCAGGAAACAAACUUUUCACUUAUUCUUUACAAAGUUAUUUUUCGAACUUAACAUUGUAAGAGAUAACAUGCAUGCUAUCAUUGUUCUUAAACUGCCAUUUUUUGUUGUACAAACAACCAUUUAAUGUGUCUUAGAAAUUGGUUUAUAACAUAUGUGUAUUUUGAAAAUAAUUUGCCUUUUAUCAUUGUAAAGUAAGCAUUUUCAACAGUUAUGUAAAUCAGUUUACUCUUAACAAAUAAAUAUGAUGAGGUAAAAAGCAAAUAAUAAAUAUAUUCAAUACAUUAA